GGUGAAAGCGAUGUGUCAGAUUUUGUUUUGAUUCAACAGUCGAAGCCAAAGAGAAAUCGUGGACGCAACGUUUAUCUUUCUAUUAUCUUCAUUAGUUAACUGAAUCGAAUACCAGUUUUACUAAAAUUUGUAAUAAUGUCACGCAAAGAGGCGCUCUCGCAGUUCAUCAACCAGAUUCACGGCCGCCCGGUAGUGGUCAAGCUGAACAGCGGAGUCGAUUACCGUGGCGUGUUGGCUUGCCUCGAUGGCUACAUGAACAUCGCCCUGGAUCAGACGGAGGAGUACGUUAACGGUCAGCUGAAGAACAAAUAUGGCGACGCGUUCAUUCGAGGCAACAACGUGCUGUACAUUUCGACGCAGAAGCGGCGGGUUUAGUUAGGCGAUGGGAAAACGGGGGACGUUCUUUCACGAAUAAUAAAAGUUUGUGUGUAUAAAUUUGA